AUGUCAUUCUCCGAUUCUGGAUCGUCCUCAAAUGGCGGAGAUUACAAGACUUUCAGGCAGAUCACGCGAGAGAGAUUGCUAUAUGAAAUGCUUAGACCAGAGGGCUCGAAAUCAACUUGGAAGGUACUUGUUGUGGACGAGCUCACUGUGAAGAUAUUGUCAUCUUCCUGCAAAAUGUCUGAGUUCACACAGCAAGGCAUUUCUUUGGUUGAGAUAAUAACAAAACAGAGACAGCCUAUGACUUCCAUGGAAGCCAUUUACUUUAUUCAACCAACUGAAGCAAAUGUUAAUGCGUUAUUAUCAGAUAUGACUGGACAAUCACCACUUUACAAGAAGGCCUUCGUUUUCUUUAGUUCUCCUGUUUCGAGAAGCUUAGUUACUCUCAUUAGGAAGGACAUGAAAGCGAUGAAACGCAUUGGCGCACUGAAAGAGAUGAACUUGGAGUACAUUAGCAUGGACAGCCAGGGGUUCAUUACGAAUAACGAAAAUGCUCUAGAAGACCUUUAUAGCGACGAGGAAAACCAUCAGAGAGCAGAUGCUUGCUUGAAUGUGGUAGCUAAACGCAUUGCUACAGUUUUGGCCUCACUAAAGGAGUACCCCGUUGUGCGCUACCGUGGAGCCAAAGGUCUUGAUGCCACAACAAUGACAAGUUACAGAGAGUUGAUUCCUACAAAGCUUGCUGCUAGUGUAUGGAAUUGUCUGACAAAAUACAAACAGACAAUCGAAGAUUUUCCUCAGACUGAAACAUGUGAACUACUUAUCCUGGAUCGAUCCAUAGACCAGAUCGCACCUCUCAUUCAUGAAUGGACAUAUGAUGCAAUGUGCCACGAUCUGCUUAAAAUGGAAGGAAAUAAAUACACACACGAGGUUCCUAGUAAAACUGGUGAUAAUACUGAGAAGAAAGAGGUUCUUUUAGAUGAAGAAGAUCCCAUUUGGGUGGAGCUUCGUGAUGUUCACAUUGCAGAUGCAAGUGAAAGAUUGCAUGAGAAGAUGACAAACUUCGUGUCGAAGAACAAAGCCGCGCAACUGAAACAGAGUUCAAAAGACUUUGGUGACCUUUCGUCAAAAGACUUGCAGAAGAUGGUUCACGCUUUGCCUCAGUACAGUGAGCAAAUUGAUAAGCUCUCUCUUCAUGUCGAUAUUGCUAGAACAAUUAACAGGACUAUAAUGGAACAAGGUCUAAGAGAACUCGGGCAACUAGAGCAGGACCUUGUUUUUGGGGAUGCUGGAAGAAAAGACGUCAUCAAAUUCUUAAGCACCAACAAUGAUAUAAACCAAGAAAGCAAGCUACGGUUAAUGAUGAUUUUUGCGGAAAUCUACCCUAAGAAGUUUGCAGGUGAAAAGGGACGUAAGAUGAUGGAGCUAGCAAAAUUGUCGGGGGAUGAUGUAGUAGCUGUGAACAAUUUGAGAUUACUUGGACCAGUACAUACAGAGUGUAAAAGUAGCACAACUGGAUCUUUCCCUCUCAAGUUUGAUGUUCUUAAGACGAAGCGAGCUGCUCGGAGAGACCGUGUUGGUGACACUCAAACAUGGAUGCUAUCUCGUUUUUAUCCAAUCAUAGAGGAACUCGUUGAGAAACUUAACAAAGGCCAUUUGCCAAAACAAGAUUACCCUUGUAUGAAUGAACCAAGACCAACCUUCUACUCUAGCUCUCAAUCUCCAUCAGCGAGUCCGGUGUUGCCUCAUUCAAGACGAACACCAAGUUGGGCAAGACGCCAUCUUUCUGACGAUGGAUAUUUCAGUGACUCAGUUCUAGGACGAGCAUCGAGCUGUAUCAAGAAAAAGGGACAAAGAAUUUUUGUCUUCAUAGUAGGAGGAGCAACGAGAUCUGAGUUAAGGGCUUGCCACAAGCUUACAGAGAAGCUUGACAGAGAAAUUAUUUUAGGCUCCUCCAGCUUCCUUGACCCCCACACUUUCCUCACGAAAAUGAAACAAAUGAAUGAAGAAGAGGAGAUUUCACUGGAUGAUAUCGACAUUUAGUCUCUUGUUUUGCUUUGGAAGAGGCUUCUCUGUCGGUUUAGACAAACUUAUUGUUGGUAUCGAUUUUGGUUUUUGGUUUUUGGAAUAAAAUGGCCAGACUGUCCUCCUUAUGUAAAUAAAUAUAUUUUGUUUGAAAAUUUUUUUGUAUUCUCUAAUAGAGAAAAAGAUGAAACGCCCACCGUGAAGUUCGAUCUUUACCCUCUACCAGCUGAGCUAGACAGUCUUAUUUCUUCUUCAUGACCUACAACUGUUUAUUAAACAAGCAUUUUUCAUGUAAGCUUAUUAGUAACAAGUUAACAACUUUGACAAGUACAAGUUCGGUAGAAAUAUUAUUCAAGAUUGGGAACCAUUUAAUAAUUAAUACCCAAAACAAAUUGAAUUGACUUUAGUUCAUGAUUUAGUGCAAGUAGUAAAAUUGAGAACCAGCUAACAUCCCCAAAAAAACUUUAGUUUGAUUCUAUAACUUUGAUUCUGAAAAUUUCUGUGUGUUUUAAAUCUAUAUAUCAUUAAUAUUUGAAAAUCUUGAAUGCUUUAAGAAUCUUGCAUUAUUUAUGGCAUAUUUUUCUUUUUCGUUAGUUAUGUUCUUAUGUUGAUUUUCAAAAAAAUAAAUAUAGAUGAUAUAUAUGACGCUUGACUAAUCUCAAAUGACUAACAUUGAAUGACACUAGAUAUGUUACCUUUUUCUUUCUUAUCUGAUUAUAAUAUAUUGGACCUCUUUAAAAUGAUCAAUAAAUGCAAGAAGAUAUUCGGAUCCAGUCUAACACUAUAUAUAUAUGGUGAAUUGCUGAUGAAUAAAUCACAUGCUGGAUUAAAAUAAGAUAAUUAAAUAGAUAAAUUCAUCAUAUAAUCAUCUAAGAAAAAAAAUGAUUUCAAAGACAACUUUCGUAUGCAUCCUCAUGGUCUCCCUCUUUGCCAUAGGUCGAUGCAGGCAGUUGGAUGUGGGUGAAAUAAAGAGUUCAAGCAACUUCAUUUUUGAAAAGUGUGUCCGUGACCGUUGUGGAGAAGAGGAGUGUUGGUGCUGUGUGAUUGAUCCACUUCGUCCUUGUAAGAAAACCGAUAAAGAAUGCAAUGCCGAUGGCAAAUGUCCUAUACCAUGGAGUUAAUGAAUAAUUUAGCAAAAUAAAGAUAACUGUUAUAAAUGGUUUAGUACUGAAUAAAGGAGUAUUUCCGAAUAUCAAACUAAAACUCUAUAAAAUUAAUGUACCGCUUUAACUUUCCAAAGUUAUAACGUUUUACUGUUUUUGUUCACAA